AUGAAGGCUGAACCGGUUCCAGCUGCUGCUGCUCCAGCUGCUGCUCCUGCUGCUCCUGAUGCUGUUGAGACCCCGCAAGGUCAUGUCGACAAGCGAAAUUACCGUAUCCAGACUACAACCGCAGAGGCUCCUGAGGCCACGUACCCGGCCGAGCUCUGGCCCAAGUACAAGCGCAAGCGCGACUACAACGACAUCACCGAAACCGAGCUCGCAAACUCCCUCGACACCACUGGUAUUUGGGAUGUUGUUGAGCGACGCGCUGACAAGAAUGGCCCCAUCUCUAUGCCCACACACACCCCCGAACCGCCGAAGACGAUGACCACGUCCAAGCCCGAGCCAAAGCCAGAGACCGAGACCAAGGUCAAAACCAGGACCAAGCAGCUUCCCGUCAAACCCACACGCGCACCUAAAAGUCCACCUCGGCCCAACCUUCCUCCUCCAGUCCCCGCUCCUUCUUCUGCUCCGUCCCCAACCCCACCCUCGGCCCCGGCUCCAGGCCCAGGUUCUGCUAAACCGAACCCACCAUCAGAGCCUCAAACCGGGUCAGCCAUGAUUUCCAACAACGUCAAAAUCGUCGAAAAUUGCCGCUCAGUCACACUGACCUGGAAGAUCUUCAUCGACAAGUCGCAAGCCAUCCUCCGAUGGCGCCACGAGAUUUCGUACUUCAUUGACCGGGGCUCAAGCGACUCGCUCAUCUUCCUGGGAGGAAGUGUGCUCCAAGAUGAGAACACCAAGGUUAUUAGCGAAAGCACCGAACAGUCGAUUUAUUUUUCGCCCGAUGGCGGUUUCGGUGUCAGGAUCUCACCCGUCGGGCAUGGGACGGCACUUGUUUGGUUCUGGAAAAGUCAGACGCGCGAGUUUUCGAAGCCGAGUAACAUUGUGCCUUAUUCGGGGGAUGAUAUGAAAUAUGGGUAUGACUACUGGGAUUGUAUUCCCCCGUCUUGGUAG